GUGGCCAGAGCAGCCACGAUCCCUGCAGGUCAGCUCGCCUCGCCUCGCCUCGCCUCGCCUCGCCUCGCCGGGGCGCAAGCAUUGGCUGUCCCUGGCAAGGUAGCGAUCCCUGCCGGCGGACUGGAGCCGGCUGGAUGUGAUGGAGCCCCAGCACGUGUAUUCCUCUUACAGCGCCCGCAGCCCGGUAUGGGAGGAACUGGAGUCGGAAAGGAUGGCCGGGGCCGGAGUCCAGCACCACCCCCCGGGCGCUGCCGGAGCCACCACGGCCGCCUCUACCGCAGCCACGGCAGUUUCAGCUACGGCCGCCACCGCCGCGGCCGGCCCCGCCGGCCCAGGGGACGAAUCGUCGGACAGCGAGGCGGAGCACGAGGGGCCGCAGAAACUGAUACGGAAAGUGUCCACGUCGGGGCAGAUCCGGAGCAAGGUGAGGACCAGUAUUAAGGAAGGAUUACUCUUGAAGCAGACCAGUUCCUUUCAAAGGUGGAAAAAACGUUAUUUCAAACUUCGAGGUCGUACACUCUACUAUGCCAAGGACUCAAAGUCUCUAAUAUUCGAUGAAGUUGACCUCUCGGAUGCCAGUGUAGCCGAAUCAAGCACAAAAAAUGUCAACAACAGUUUCACGAUAAUCACUCCAUUCAGGAGGCUGGUAUUGUGUGCCGAAAACAGAAAGGAGAUGGAAGACUGGAUCAGUUUACUGAAGUCUGUACAGUCAAGGGAACUUUAUGAGGCAGCACAAUUUAAUGUGGAACAUUUCUCAGGGAUGCAUAACUGGUAUGCCUGCUCCCAUGCUCGACCCACCUUUUGUAACGUGUGCCGCGAGAGUCUCUCUGGAGUCACGUCCCAUGGCCUGUCUUGUGAAGUGUGUAAGUUCAAAGCUCACAAAAGAUGUGCAGUGAGGGCAACAAAUAACUGCAAAUGGACUACUCUAGCUUCUAUUGGGAAAGACAUCAUUGAGGAUGAAGAUGGUAUAGCAAUGCCUCACCAAUGGCUAGAAGGCAACUUGCCCGUCAGUGCCAAAUGUGCAGUCUGUGAUAAAACCUGCGGCAGCGUCCUGCGUCUCCAAGACUGGAAGUGCCUUUGGUGUAAAGCUAUGGUACACACUGCCUGCAAAGAUUUGUUUCCUUCUAAAUGUCCACUUGACCAAUGUAAAGUAUCUAUCAUACCCCCAAUUGCACUGAACAGCAUAGAUUCUGAUGGAUUUUGGAAAGCAACAGCUCCACCAUGUCGUGCUAGCCCUCUUUUGGUAUUUGUCAACUCUAAAAGUGGAGAUAAUCAGGGAGUAAAGUUUCUCCGUCGAUUUAAACAGUUGUUAAAUCCUGCUCAGGUGUUUGAUUUAAUAAAUGGAGGACCUCACUUGGGCUUACGAUUAUUUCAGAAAUUUGACAACUUCCGGAUUCUUGUGUGUGGAGGAGAUGGAAGCGUUGGUUGGGUUUUGUCAGAAAUUGAUAAACUCAGCUUGCACAAACAGUGUCAGCUGGGAGUCUUACCCUUAGGUACAGGAAAUGACCUCGCUCGGGUUCUUGGCUGGGGUGGUUCAUGUGAUGAUGACACCCAGCUACCACAGAUUUUGGAGAAAUUGGAACGAGCCAGUACAAAAAUGCUUGACAGGUGGAGUAUAAUGACAUAUGAACUCAAAUUGCCAACAAAGCCUUCUAUCCUUCCCACCACUCCAGAAGAGGAAAAUGAAGAAGCUCACAUGUCAUCUUAUGAAGAUUCAGUCGCCAUUCAUCUUGCAAAAAUCCUCAAUUCUGAUCAACACUCGGUAGUCAUAUCAUCUGCUAAGAUUUUAUGUCAGACCGUAAAGGACUUUGUUGCCAAAGUAGGGAAGACGUAUGAAAGAACAGAGGAAAACAGUGAUGUAGCAGACGCCAUGGCCAAUAAAUGUGCAAUACUAAAUGAGAAACUUGACCAACUACUGCAGACUUUACAUGCAGAAGCCCAGACAGUCCCAGUAUUCAAACAUCAUGGCCCUCCCAAUAUUGAAGGAGAUCCUGUGGACUUUUCAAGUGAAGAGUCCUUAUCUGAAAGCAAAGGACGCAUCGUGGAGGGCACCCCAAAGACUCCAGCACAGAAAACUUUCAAGCCAAAGGAGUUAAUGUUGAGAGCAAACAGUUUAAAGAAAGCAGUGAGGCAGAUCAUUGAGCAGGCUGAAAAAGUUGUAGAUGAACAGAAUAUUCAUACUGAUGAAGAAAGUAACCUCCUGUCAGUUCCCCUAGAUGACAGUAAAGAAACAGAAUACUCUAAAGAAGAUAGAGAUGAUGAUGGGAAGGAGUAUCCAUCUGUUAAAAUUGCACCCCGGUCCCCAGAUACAUGUAUAAAUCAAGGCUGUUCUCAACCUAUCUCAAUUUCUGGUCCAGUAUUGACAUCCAACAAGGAAAAUCUUCCUGUGCUUAAUACCAGAAUAAUUUGUCCAGGUUUAAAAGCAGGAUUAGCCGCUUCAAUUGCUGGGAGUUCUAUUAUCAGCAAAAUGUUACUGGCAAAUAUUGAUCCCUUUGGUGCUACACCAUUUAUUGACCCUGAUCCAGAUUCACUAGAAGGAUAUUCAGAAAAAUGUGUUAUGAACAAUUACUUUGGAAUUGGAUUAGAUGCAAAAAUUUCAUUAGAGUUUAACAAUAAGCGAGAGGAACACCCGGAAAAAUGCAGGAGCCGAACCAAAAACAUGAUGUGGUAUGGGGUCCUUGGAACCAAAGAGUUAUUACAACGGACUUAUAAGAAUUUAGAACAAAGAGUUCAGCUUGAGUGUGAUGGGCAAUAUAUCCCUCUUCCUAGUCUACAAGGAAUAGCAGUGUUGAAUAUCCCAAGUUAUGCUGGAGGUACUAAUUUCUGGGGCGGAACUAAAGAGGACGAUAUAUUUACUGCACCAUCAUUUGAUGACAAGAUACUGGAGGUUGUUGCCGUAUUUGGGAGCAUGCAGAUGGCCAUGUCCAGAGUCAUAAAACUGCAGCAUCACAGAAUAGCUCAGUGUCGGUCUGUAAAGAUCACCAUACUUGGAGAUGAAGGGGUGCCAGUACAAGUAGAUGGAGAGGCAUGGAUCCAGCCUCCGGGGAUUAUUAAAAUCGUGCACAAAAACAGAGCUCAGAUGUUAACGAGAGACAGAGCUUUUGAAAACACCCUCAAAUCUUGGGAAGACAAACAAAAGUAUGAUGCUUCUAAGGUACCCCCCCGACCUCAGUUGUAUCCACAACAAGCUAUUGAUUUAGCAACAGAAGAGGAAGUUACACAGAUGCAGCUCUGUUCACAGGCUGCGGAAGAGCUCAUUACUCGCAUCUGUGAAGCCGCAAAAGUACACAGUCUUUUGGAGCAAGAGUUAGCUCAUGCUGUGAAUGCAUGUUCCCAUGCCCUGAAUAAAGCUAAUCCAAGGUUUCCUGAGAGUCUUACCAGAGACACUGCCAUCGAAAUAGCUGUCAAUGUGAAGGCGCUAAAUAAUGAAACGGAGUCUUUACUAAUUGGGAGAGUUCCUUUGCAGUUGGAAUCUCCACAUGAAGAACUGGUAUCCAAUGCUUUACAUAGCGUGGAGGUAGAAUUGCAGAAGUUAGCAGAGAUUCCGUGGCUUUAUUGCGUCCUACAUUCAAAUGAUGAUGAGGAUCCUCCUUUGGAUUAUACAAAAAGAAACAAAAGCACCGUGUUUCGUAUUGUGCCCAAAUUUAAGAAGGAGAAAGUCCAGAAGCUGAAGGCGAGCCCCCUGCCUGUUCAAAAGUGGGGCACAGAUGAAGUUGCUGCUUGGCUGGAUCAGCUCAAUUUGGGAGAGUACACAGAAAUCUUCAUCCGCCAUGACAUCCGAGGGGCUGAGCUUUUGCACCUGGAAAGGCGAGAUCUUAAGGAUCUGGGGAUAACGAAAGUGGGUCAUAUGAAGCGAAUUCUUCAGGGAAUUAAAGAGCUAGGAAAGAGCACUCUACUGUCUGAGGUGUAAUUUUACUGGUGCUACUUCUUGAAAGGGAGACAAUGACUAGUAAAUGCAAAAUCAUCAGAGGCAAUUUGCUGUCCUUGUAGUUUACUGUGUGGAUAAAUAAGCACUAGUGCACCCCAAGUAGGUGGUUUUAUUUAUAUUGUGGAUGAUAAUCUUGGUUGGAGGUGUUAAAAAAGAUUUUGUGCCAAAAAAAAGUACAUUCCGUGAAGCCAUUUUCUUAUUGUGUGGACUUGGCAUGUUCAAUGAGGAAAGUCUAGGAGCACAGUAAACUAUAAUGUCUGAAAGAUGGAAUUGUGAAAAGGAGAAUUUCCUAAAUCCUGGCCUAAUGUGUCUUUCCUACAAUGCAACAACAUAUCAUUAUGUGGAGACAGGUUUCACUUUUACCUGAAGCAGAGCUUCUUCCUUGGAAUCUCUAUCAAGAGGAGUGAGAUUAAAGUCUUGUGGUUUUACAUUGGAGACUGAUAUGGCCUCAGGAGCCCAGAAUUCAGUAGACAAGGGAUUAUAGUUAACUCCACAAAUACUGUGGGUACAAAUUACAGUGCACGAUGUUCCUGCCUGAACUGACUUUCUUUUUAUUGCAUGACACAUCUAAUACUUUUAACACUUGAACAACCUCAAUAUUAGUUUUUAAAAGAUUUAAUUUAUUACUCCUCAAGUAUAUUUUGUUGUUUUUUUCUAUUGUUUAAUGUUUUGGGUUUUUUUUUUUGCCUAAACAUCCUGUGGUUAAGAACUUGUAGAUGUGAAUACAUUGUGUUUGUGUCAUAUUCAACACCAAUGUACCUUUUAUGUGAGCUAGUUUUCUUUCAGUAAAUCAUGUGCAGUAGAUAUAUCAGUUAAAAAAUUCCUCUCAUCUUAUUAAGGCCCAUGGUAUCAUUAAACUAGUACCUGGCUCUCUAAAUGAAAAGCCCCAUCAAAAGUUUCUCAUAGUUCAUUUAAACUAAAAAAUUCUUUCAUGUUCCAUCUUGGAUGUAUAACAUAUACUUGGUAUAUUUAUCACACACAUUUCUUGUAAAAUAUUUUUUCAGACAUUUAAGAAUAUUUAGCUAUGGUAUUUAGAACCAUCUUCUAUGUGACAAAAGCAAAUAGGGUAUUAUCCCAGUGCUGACUAUUUCCAUAUUGUACCUUGGGGCUACCUAAUGAAUGUUAAAGAAAAGCAACAAUUUAACUCAGAUAUAAUCUUGAAAUACCAUUUAAUUGAUGUUUUCUAAACAUUUUUUGUUUUUACCAAAUACAUAGACAAAAUAAUUCAUAGAAAAGCAACUAAAAUGAAAUCUCUUCAAAAGUAAAGACUGGUUAAGUAUUUGAUACUUUAUCCUUGUGCAUGUUAUAGCUGAUGAAAUUAUGAAAUUCCAGUAGCGUAGGUUCCUUCAUCAUUGUCUGGGUGUUAAUUUAAAAAAAAAAGAGUUCAUUGGGUUCCUGGCUAGCAGACUGUUCUAUUGUAUCACAUAUCUUUAUCUUAAAUGCUUUCAUAUCUAAUUUAUGAAUAUAUAUGAAUUUCCACCAAAAUAUUUGUUCACCAUGUUAAAAGGGGGGAAUUGUGAGAAGUAAUGGAAAGGAGAAAUUUUAAACCUAAAAGCUAAACUUGGGUUUUUGGCAUGAAUUGCUCAUUGUCUAAUGUGCAUUAUACAAUUCUACAUUGACAUGUACACACAGAAUGGCUUGCUCCUAUCCCAUUCAUACUCCCUACUCUCUUUUAUUAUCUAAGCACUUUCCUGUUAGCUUGCAAAACAAAAGAGAUGGAACCAAAACUUCAUAACUCAUAUCAGAGGUGCCUCUCAUGCUAUACCAAAAAGAGAGAAAGAGAAAGCUACCCUGGAAGGUAUGGAAGUCUGAGCUAUAUUUAGCAAAAAUAAAUAAAUAAGCUAAAUAAAACAUUUUAUUUAGGUUUCAAGAAAAGGAAUGUUUUCAAACUCUUUUGUAUUCAAGAAUGCACAAACAUCUUAAUGUUUGAAAAUGAAUUAUUUUUAAAUUUUGCUUGAUAUUGACCCCUUUAAUUUAGGUGGUGUAUGUAAUGUUUCUAUGUGAUCUCUAUAUAUACCCAGUAAAAUCUUGAUUGACUAGAAUUUCAAAACUGGACCUAAGAUGUUUGCUGCAAUUUUCUUUUAGAAGAAUCUUCCCCCAAAAGGAACUCUGAUAUUAGGGAUUUAAUUUUAAAAAUAAAAUCAGAGCAAUAUUCCUUGUCUGUGUGCAAAACUGCCCUAGCCCCAUCUAACCCACUAACAGCUAUUCCUGGGCUUUAUCCCUUAGCCUUUCUGGGUUCCCAUGAACUUGAUGGGGGAGACAACUUCAGGACAAAAAAACCCUUUUUAGGUGGGAUAUAGAAGUAGGUUUGGGGACUAAAUGCAAAGACAGUUGCUCUCUGUUUCAUACAAUGGCUUGGACAUAGAAAGCUCAUUUCCCCGGACAGAGCUCAUUGAGUUACCACCACUACCAUGAUGGACACAAGCUUCCACUGAUUCCCCCACCCCCACCCCUUCAAGGACUUGAGAAUGCAACAGAAGGAACUAUGAAGUCCUGCCUCGGACCAUCUAUUUUUUUGGUGAGGCAAUGGGGGUUAAGUGACUUGCCCAGAGUCACACAGCUAGUGUCAAGUGUUAAGUGUCUGAGGCCGGAUUUGAACUCAGGUCCUCCUGAAUCCAGGGCUGGUGCUCUAUCCACUGCGUCACCUAGCUGCCCCUUGGACCAUCUUUUACAAAGUGAUAGGCUGAUUUCCACUUGUUCUUUUGGACUAAAACAGAGAGCAGAUUAGCCCUAAUUUUUUUUUUAAAAAGUUACGUAGAUAAAUACUCUAGUUAGAGGGUGUUCUUGCAUCAAUACCACCUCUUCUCAGACUUUCAUACUUUCUCCAGCAAUGUCUUUUGAUUUGAUUCAAUGUUUGCUCCAUGAAAUAUUCAUAAAAGAAUUAAUCUUUUCACAACAAAAGUCCAUUGUAACUUUUUUGUUUUUAAUAUGCUUGUGCUUGCUUUGCCUUUGAGAAUACAAAGCAGUACAGAGAAAGGAUUAAUUGUGCAUUGAAUAAAAAUUGGGACGUCUAAAGUGGUAAUAAUUGAAAUCAUGCAUUGCAAGUAAGCCCUUCAAAGAAAGAAAUAAUGUUCUAGACAAGGAUACAAUGUUUUGUAGUGUGUCUUAAUUCUGUAAAGUAGUACUUCAUAAAUUAAUGGUACCUAGAAAGAGUACUCUGAAAGUUAACUCACUAUUUCCCUAACUUCAGUCACAAAAUUUCUUAUGUGAUGAUCUAUCUUGUUGUCUGUUAUUUUAAGCAGGUAUCUUUUCAAAAUUUAUUUGGCUGAAAAAUUUCUUCACUUAUCAAUGUGUAUAUAUAUAUAUAUAUAUAUAUAUUUACAUACAUAUAUACAUAUAUACACAUGUAUAUAUACAUAUAUAUGUGUAUGUGUGUGUAUAUAUAUAGGUUGUUAUUCACUAAAACAUUGCCAAAGACGCACUAGCCAUUUUAGUGCCUAAGUGGAAUGACUUUAGGCUGUUUUAAUUAUGUGUUGGUUCAGGAAAACAACUUUAAUGCAAACUGUGACUUAGAUAAUUCUAUUUGAUAUUAAUUCUACACGUGAUUUCAAAGCAUACUCGGAACAAUUUCAUAUAGAGAAGUCAGUGUUUUAAACUUUCAUGUUUAUAUAGAUGUGAAUUCACUACAGGAUGUAGCUAUCUAAUUAUGCACUGAGAAAAUCUCUCAACCUAAUAAAUGCUCCUAUCUCCUCUCCCUAAAUAACUUGCCUAUGCACCUUGAAAAUGCAUGGAGAAUAAAGUUAUAAUGUUAGAGAAUGGUUAUGCAAGUGGAAGAAUAAAUGAAUUGUAUCAAUUAGAUAAAGACAAACCAGCCCUGCAAUUUUCCCAAAUGAAAAGAGAUUGUGUAUUAAUUGAAGGAUGACCCAAGCAGCUCUCAUAGAAUCCAGUCAUUCUUACUCCUCAUUCUACUAGUGCUGUAUAACAAGUGUGUGUGUGUGUGGGGGGGGGAUGGGUAGGGGUAGUGACAAGGGAUUUAGGGGUGUGAUGGUGGUGUGCGUGAAAGAAUCUAAAAUUUAAUCUUACUGUUUUGUUAUAACUUCUACUGGUUUUUCUCAUCUUUGUACAAUAUUUUAAAUCAUACUUUCCUCCUAUUUUUGGUAAUCAAUUCUUCCAUCAACCUCUUCAUAGGAUGGUACUAGCUGCCUUUGAAUUAUAGGAAGUUUUUUUAAAAAGAAACAUUCUACAUUUGAAAAAAGUCAGGAUUAUUAUUUUUUGUAACGUGCAAAAACAUUAAUUUGUUUUUCUCCUUAUAACUAUCAUUCUUGUUCUUGCUUUAUUAUUUUUCCCCAAACUAUUUUUUAUUUUGGUGGAAAAGGGGGUAAAAAAUGGUAAUGGUUCAAAGGAUUUAAGAGGCAAUGGGCAGCUGUGCUCAAGUUUUUUGUUUGUCAUAUAUCCCAGUCUUUAGGGGAAAGGAAUUCCCAUAUAGUCACUUCUAAUGCAUUAAAGUUCAAUUCGAUAUCAAUUUCAAGUAUAAACACUAUCUCAUGUCACGCGAAACAAGAACUUUAUUCCAUUCAUAUGUUUAACAUACUCUAUUUAUCUAUAUUUGUAUGCUUAACUGAAUUUUAAAAAAUCCUUUCAAAGCCUCAUUGGAAGACAAACAAACAAAACCAAGCCAUAAUGUUAAAAUUGUUCCCUUCACCCAAACACAUUUUUAAAAAAUACUGUUUUUCUAAGUUAUAAAAGGUGUGUGUGUGUGUGUGCGCGCGCGUGUGUGUGAUGUAAAACAUGGUAAAUUAUCUAUUUGGUGAGAAUUUCAUUUGAGUAAAUUAAAAUCUAGAGGAAGGUAGUGCUACUUCUACUUUUCAUUAGAAUAAAUAUUUGAUACUCUGUUAAAUAAAAUAUGACAUGCAAGCUGAUAAGGACAUAGAAUAUAUUUUGUUUGUGAUCCUUAAUGUUUGAUUGCACUAUAAAUGUUUACCACUGUUUAUUCAUAUCUAUAGCUGUACCUCUAAGUAUUAAGCUUAUGAAUAGCUAAUUUUUUUUACAGUUCUGGUAACUGGUAAUUAGUGCUAUAGAAGGUUUUGAUAAGUGUAAUAUUUGCAGUUUUAUGAAAGAGAUGUUGUAUAUUAAGAUAACAAAUUGGAGUAAUAUAUUUACCCUAUAACUAGGAAAAUACAUGAUAAUUCCAAAUUGUCAAGUGAUAAAUUGGUUAUUUGACCUGUCUCAGAAGUGAGCUAGAAGUUUCACUUUCACAUUAUAUAGCAUAUUUAUACAACAGGCUUUCCUUUUACUGAUUUUGUUGUUUUUUUCCUAUUGAGUGUUUUGCUAUGAUUUUUAUAUCAGAAGAUUAUCGUGCUGCUCAUUCAGACUGCAAAGAUUUAUUCUGAUUUGCAGAAAUUUUAAGCAGAUAAAAUAUUUAAAUAACAAAUUAGCCUUAAAUAUUUGGUUAACUUUGGGGCAAGAAUUUCCAAUUUUAAUAUUCUGUUUUUGAAGAGGAAACAAAGGAAAUGUUGACAUCCAUAGCAGUAAUGAUAGACUCCAUUAACACGAUAAUAACAAGUAGAAGGUUUCACCAGUUGUAUAAAUCAAUGUAUUUAUCUCUAUAAACUAUAUUAAGGAACUUGAUCUUUUAUACAAAGAUGCAUUUUCUAUAGUUCUUUUAUACUGCUGUUGCUUACUUGUUAAUAAUGCUGUUAAUAAUUUGCUUACAUACUUGAAGCACUCAUUUCUGUCAAACAGAAGCCCAUCUUGUUCCUUUCUGAAACCCCUUGUUACUGAAAAGAUGAUUUUCUUUCUUCUCACAGAUAAAUGGAUGACUGAAAUUAAAUACUGCAGGCUAAAGUCAUCUGGAAUGUUAUUGCAGAGUUAUUGCAUUUUUUUUAAAUGUGGAAAAAUCAGAAAAUGGAAAUGAAUUUCAAAAACUUAAGAAUGUUGAUGUUUUAUCCACAUGUUUCAGUAUGCUAAUUUGUUUCUUUACCAUCCAAACAAACUUCUCUUCAAACCCAAACUUCUGCUCAGUAUUAAUUGUCCUUUUUGUGGCUUGGGAGAAAUCAAUAAUUGCACACCUAAUAUUUAUAUAAAUAAAUAUAGAAAGUGUAGCAGUCUGCAGGGAAGCAUUAAGACCCAUUCUGGGUUUCAUUUCCACAGGGCUCCUGGCCAUUAUCUAAGUAUGUAUUUGCAAUUUCACUAUCUGUGUAUGUAUAUAGUUUAUUUGCAUUCUUUAGAAAUCUAGGGAACCCAUUUUGUUUUGUCAUCAAUUUGCCAACAAUCAAUUAUACAACUGGGUGCAUACUUGUCUUUUUAAUUAUGUUGAUAUGUGUUUUAAAUAUAUUUUAUAUAAAAAACUUACAAGUUUUGAAAAACAAAAUUUUAAGCAAUUUCAAAAAUCACAGCAUACAAACUAAAAAAAAAAACCCUAUUCCAAGUUAAUAUGAAAUAGUGUUGUGUGCCUAUAGCUCAUUAUUCUUGGAAACCCUAAAGUAAAUUUACAAAUCAGUUUGCUUUUAUAUGGCAACUAACAGGUUUUACAUAUUUCCAAACUGUCAUAAAUUAUUAAGGAUAGUUUUCUUAAAUUAUUGUGGAUGCUGUAAAAAUUAAAAGGAGAGUAGUCACAACAUCAUGUAAUAUCUGCUGACAUAUGAACUGAUGGAUAGUGACAACUCAGUAACCAGAUAGUAUGGUUAGGCAAUGUACUUUUGACACCAAGGUCCAGCAGAGUAUUGGUUCCUUGAGGGUGUAGCCCACUAUCAGCCUGGUUCUUGCUAUGGUUCACUUUCUUGCUUGGCUUUUUGUGUUUCUGUACUUCUACCCUUUCUAUUGACAUUCUCCUUAAGAGAAGAGAGAAAUCUGGCUUUAGAUUUGGAAUACAUUAGAAACAUGAUUUAUGUGGCCUGAAUGAAAAUUUAUCAUUGGAAAGAAAAAAAAUGUAGAAAUGAAGAUUUUUUUUUGUUGACUUAGGAGAGAAAGCCACAGAAAUUAUAAUAACCUUGAUAAAAUAAUCAAAUCUUCUGCUCUUAUGAAGCUAUAGUGGUAAUAGAAACACUUUUCUCAUGGCAUAAUGAAUUGUUGCCCACUGACACACACUACCUGAACAUUGAUUUAAAAGAGCCUUUACUCAAGGAUUUGAUCAAAUAUGUUCAUACUUUUUGAUGUAAGAUGAUGUGUCUCAUGGAGCCAUGAUUGAUAUAAAAGAAAAUACCCUGUAUGGCAGAAGGUGUUAAAAUAUAAGAAAAACUGGAUUAGAAAUGACUGGUCAGGCAUUUUCAUUUUUUUCUUAUUGACUAAAUUAGAUUCACAGCAAGACUGAUCAGUAGACUAUACAUGAAUAUAAAAUGGAUGAAAAAGAAUGAUUCAGUGGCCUAUUAUGCAAAUGAGAAGAAAUUAAGGUACUUCCCUAAGAAAAAAAGUUAAAUUAUUGAGUGUUUUCUUAACAUACUGAAUAGUGAGAAUGCAAAAUCACACAUUUCUAAACAAAAGAGAAAUUCUAUUGCUAUUAACUUAUGAAAGAUGAUAGAAUUAUAAUAAAAUUAUUUGGUCUCCAGAGGAUGAUAUCAAUUGAAUUGUAUAUAAAAAGAAUUUCCCCUUCAUCCAAGAAACCUAGUAACCACUAACUGGAAACAAGCUAUCAUAUGUGCUAGUUCCAUUAAUGAAGAUUUGGGGAUUUUUGGAGACUUUUUGUGCCAAAUCAAAGUUCUUGUAGUGUCUGUGCCACUGGGGCUAUUGCUGGGGCAAAGAGGAUCCAUUGGAUGGAUGACUAUCUCAAGUUACAUAUAAUCUGUUACCAUUUAGAUAUACACAGUAAAGCAAGAAUACAAAUAUAAAAUCCAGACAAUUCUACUUUUGCAUCUUUUCAUAGGUAAAAUUUAGGAAGAACCUUAAAUUUCAUCUAAUAGUAUUACAUAUAGGAUCUUCCAAAAGUCUUAUUGUAGCUUAGGUCUGUAGCAGAGAAGAAAACUUAGCAAAUUCAUGAACUAGAGAACAUCAGAACUGAACACAAUCUUAGAGAGCUUCUAGUUUAGGGAUUUUUAACUUGACAGUCUGGUGAAGUUUUAUAUAUGUUCUCCUCAGAAUAAUGUUUUUAAUUCCAUAAAAUCAUAAAAUCCAUAGAGUAACAAAGGAAAGCAAAAAUUGCCAAAAUAAAGAUGUAAAGUUUUCCCAUCAAAGUUUGUAGACCUCCUGAAAUCUGUCCAUAGGUCUCUUGGGGGGAGGGAUAGGGUGGAGGGCCAUGGACCCCAAGUUCUCCCACUCUGAUCUAACCCCUUUAUUUUAAAGAUGAGGGAACUGAGAUUCAGAAAGAUUGUAUGAUUUGCCCGGCACAUAGUAUGCCCUUAAAGUGUGCUGUGAUUGAUUGAUUGCCCAAGAUCACAUGGUAAUUGGUAAAAGAACUGGAACCAGAAGUGGGUCUUUUGAUUCUAAGUUCAGUGGUUCUUCUUCUCCACCAUCAUGCCUCAGGUGAUUCUGAACAUUUUUUUGGUAAAGGAUAAUAAUUGAUUACCAAAAUGAGAACUAUCUUUAGCAGCAAAACUGAAUUCCUAUUUCAAUAUAUGAGCCCAGGAAGCUCACAUAUAUUUGUGAAUUUAAAGCACAUCAUAAUUCACUGACAAACAUUGAUUAUUGUUAUUUUCCUAUUUUGGACAUUAAUAUUUGUCAGCUGUAAUAUAAACACACAGACAUUUUACAUCUUUAUCGGGUAUUGAGAAUGAACUACAUUUCCAAUGCUUUUGCAUACUGAAGAACAAAAUGAAAGUCAAGUAAAACUUAUUAAGUAGGGGGCAGCUAGGUGGUUAAAGCACCGGAUUUAAGCACCUGGAUUCAGGAGGUCCUGAGUUCAAAUCUAAUCUCAGACACUUGACACCUGCUAGCUGUGUGACCCUGGGCAAGUCACUUAACCCUCAUUGCCCCAAAAGAACUUGCCAAGUAAAAGGACCUAAACAUUAUGAAACUUUAUGUUUUCCAAAUGCUUCUAGUUUAUUAUCAUUUUAUUAUUGAUACCACAGUCUGGAGGCUUGGGAAUUUACAACAUCACUUAAAGACUGAAUCUGUUUCCUGUUGAACAGUUUUCCUUUUGAGACUUCUUUUCUGUUAUUUUAGCUUACUACUGAAAAGAUACUUAAAAUAAAAAUUAAUUAUAUUCAAUUUAUAAAGUUGAAUACCAGAUUUUAUGUAAUAUGACAACUGCAAGACCACUUAAUCUUUUAAAAGGUGGGUCUUGCAGAGAAAUUAAGCAUAUUUUAUUUCAAUUAACAUUGGAUUCAUAGUGGAAAGCACCCUCCCUACCCCCAGCAAUAACUAAAGGGUGUAUUACAAGAGAAUCAUUUCAUCUCUAUGCUCAGAUAUUUUCAUAGCUUAAUGGUGGCAUCAAGAACAUUUUUAACCACCUUUGCGUAGAAAGACACAACUUAAUUGGUUAUUCCUCAUAACUAAAGGUUGGUCUGUACUGAUUGAUUCAACUGAUAGUUUUAAGUUUUAAAUAGAAUGAGUUAAAUUCAAGGUUCAUCUCAGGAGAUUGAAUUUUCUGCUUUACUUUAUAGAAAUAAAAACACAUAAUAUGCAGUGUUAGUCCACACAUAUAGAAAGAACAUGUAAAGUCAUAUUUUCUAAGUUAUUUCAAAGACUUUUUGAAGACAUAUAUACAAAUUUAUAGACAUACAAAUUGCAUAUAUCUAUAUUUUUGCAUUUCUAAUCUACUUAUUAUGGAAUGGAAAGUAAUAGCUUGUAUCAUUCGGAUAAGAACAUGUAAUAAUCCUCAUAUGAGCUUAUAGUAAAUAUAUUUUUUUCAGAUUCAUGUGCAUUGACAUAUCUGAAAUAAACAAUGAAUUGUGGGUUAUAAAAGAAGCGUCUUUGAGCACUGUCAGUUUGUUGGGUUUCUGAUAGUGGUUUGCAUUUUUGAUGCUGUUUUCCUAAGAAAAUGUCAUGUAUAUCUUUGUGAUCACUAAAUGCUAAAGGGAAAAAAAAAUCCUGUUGCAAUUAAAAACAUUAUUUAAACAGGCCUAAUUUGGAAUCACAGUUUGCCCUCUUUCUGAGCUCCACAUAACUUUAGCUAAUUUUUUUUUUUUUUAGUGAGGCAAUUGGGGUUAAGUGACUUGCCCAGGGUCACACAGCUAGUAAGUGUUAAGUAUCUGAGGCCGGAUUUGAACUCAGGUACUCCUGACUCCAGGGCCAGUGCUCUAUCCACUAAUUUGUUUUUAUCAUGCAAACAUCUACCAAAGAAAAGGUGAGGCACACUGAUUAGACAUGCCUUCUUUACACAACGCACAUUUGUUUUCUCUUUCAGCAAAGAUGAUCAGAAACUGAGUGGAUUUCCUGUUCAUAAUCAUCUUGACAAUAUGAAAUUACAAUGCAGUUCCUUCUGACCCUUACGCUGCAAAAACUAGUCUUUUGGUGGUAUUUCCUUUUCAGUUCUUGUCUUUUGUUUAUUUUAAAGUAUUCACUUAAUCCAUUGUCAAACUUCUAUCAGUUUGAGACCAAAAUAGGCAAAAUGGCUUCUCCCUGUUACAUAGUGGGCUCUGUUUGCUACAGAAAAGAGUGAAACUGUAUGUUUGGCAAAUAUGCCAAUGAAAUAUAACUAUUAGAACAGGAGUCAUUACUUUGGCUUUAUUUGCUUUUAAUAAUUGUAAGGAAAUGUUGAGUUGUAUUUGUUUACAUACUGUUUACAAUGGCACAGUUUUAUUUUUAAUAUAUAUAUAUGUAUACAACAAUUGAGGUAUUUAUUGCAUACUAUUUUAAAGAUGUUUUAUGUGUUUUCACCUUUGGAAUAUAUUGUUACAUUUCCUUGUACAGAGAUUUUGGUGGCUUUGUUAAUGUAGUUAGUAAUUUUUAUGACUACUAAGUGACCAGUUUUCGGUGCCUUUUAUUGUUGGUUGCAUGAUUACAUAUUUAUUGUAUGGAAGUCACUGAGAUGUGUAUUUUUGUACCCUGCUGGAAGCAAUGGUUGAUUUUGUUGUACAUAAUCAUGGGAGAUGUCUCUCCUAAAGGAUCCUCACUUGAGAUAUUCCUUCUCAAAUAAACAGAAUGCAUUCA